AUGAAGAUCGACUCAUUUCGGGUCUUCCAGUUCGUGGCGGAUGUGUUUGUAGGGAAUUUCUUCGUGUCUUUUCAAAAUGAGCUGCGCUUUAUGGCAGAAGCGGCUGGAUCGUCAGGCGCUCGUGCAAUGAAGGUGCAACGCGUGCCAAUGGCACGACCUAUCCAGCACACGGCUGGCACGAUAGCACGCUUGUGA